CACAGAUAGGUCAUUGUGUUAUCGCUGCCAUGGUGAUCCCUCGCGGAGACUCUUGUUAGAGCUCGUUCACGUCAUACGGCAGAAUCAACAGUCGACAGGUCAAGAUACUGCUCGGAAGAACUGUCAGCAGCAUAUUAGUCGCUUUGGGUUGAAGAAGGCAGCCCAAACUACCGCGCAGCGCAACAACGUUAUCUCCUCAAGCAGCCCACAAUGGCUCAGCAGCCACAGCACAUCGAUGAACGUCGACCAUCGGCGUCGCUCGAACGAUCAAGCAGCCGAUCCUCCAUCAAUGCCGUGUCAUCGCCUCAAUCGCGUCGUUCUCCCGUCAUAAACCCGCUUGCGAGCAGCGUCAACUCGCUUGCCUCGAUCAACACUGGCUCCACCCUCACACCCCGCCGGGACUCAUCCCUCGGCUCUUCACCGUCUGUCUCCAAAAGAUCAAGCUUCGCCGAGAACCUCAACCUUCGGGGUUAUCCCGCCUCUCCACGCAACCAGCGCACGCAUUCCUUCUCGGGGCAGGCGCUGCAGGAUCUGCUCAUGAGCCCGACCAAAUUCAGAAAUAGCAGCGGCGAAGAGGCAAGGUUCAAGGGAAGAGAUUGGCGGAGCAUUCAGAUUGCGGAGAUCAUUGAUCCAGAGGAGACACGUUUCGUGGAAUUGAGUACGAGCAUUGAGGACUGCACAAAGCUGUUAUGUCGUUCGGGCGCACCCAAUGUCGUUUUGAUCCGAGAGUCACCUCAGACCAAGACACCGGUCGGUACAUUCGACUACUCCGAUCUGAACGCAUACCUGCUCUUGGUUCUCGGCCUCUCACAACCGGAUGAAGAGGCCGCGAAGAUUGCCGAACGCGCUCGGCAUGGCGAGGUCCUUCCGCUAGGUGACGUCCUGGGUCAUCUGGGUGUGCGGGAACCGCCCGUUUCCCUUGCGCACACUGCAGAUUUGUAUCAAGCCAUGGUGGCAUUGGGAAGUGGAAAUCACCGGGUCGUGAUCAACAAAGAGGGCACAACAGAGGUGGUCGGGGUUCUCAGUCAGCUGCGACUCGUUCGAUUCUUCUGGGAAAACCACGAGAACUUUACAGCCAUGGAGCAACUCUACUCCGUGUCACUAAAGGAGCUCGAGCUGGGUGCUAAAGAGGUAAUCGCAAUCAACGGCGAUAGACCUGUCUCGGCUGCUUUGCAACUGAUGCAUAACGAGGGCAUCACCUCAUUGCCCGUACUGGAUGUUAAGCGCAACGUGGUGGGCAACAUCAGUCACGUAGAUGUUCGACUCCUGACCGACAUCUCGGCAAUUCCUUUACUCUCCUCGACCUGCAUUCACUUCAUCUCGGUCAUUCUAUCUGAACGAGGCAUGUUUGACGGCAAGGAUUCAUAUCCCGUCUUUCACAUCACCUCCUACAACUCCCUUGCGCACACUGUUGCCAAGCUGUGCGCAACCCGCAGUCAUCGCAUGUGGAUCGUUGAUGCGCCAUCGCCCAGCGCAUCGUUGGUGCCGCCGUCGCCGGGUCCUGUCCCACUCACGCCCUUGAGUCUCCCUCACAGUGCCAGCUCCUCCGUCAUCUCCACCCCCAACACCCCACUUCGCACCGCGCAUCCCUCUGCGAUCAGCGCAAGCGCCCCGGACCUAGCGACACCUGGUCCACCAUACACCAGCGCUCAUCCCAGCGUCGCCGUCUCGGCGGGAUCACUUCCAGGUCAGGGUAUGUCCGGCCGACUCGCGGGCGUUGUCAGCCUCACCGAUAUCUUGAAUCUUUUCGCACGGGCAAGCGGUCUGUCACCUAGUGAUCCCGAAGUCGCCCGUCGUCGCAGACGUCAAAGCAGUGGAAGCGGGAUGCGGCCUAGUUUAGAUGGUCCCGGCCGGCCGAGCGCCGAAGCACUACGAGAGGCGACGGCGGAUAAGCGACGGAGCCUGAGCUUGAUGAUCGAUGGAACCGGAGUACCGACCAAACGAUCCUGAUUGAUCUAACAUCUGAGUAUAAGUACGGAGGGAAUGCUCCGGGCAGCUGCUAAGCCUGUUUCAGAGCCGAGGGCCAGGACAAGCCACCAAGGUUCUGUUUCGCUCUCUUGUGUUGGGCACCAUGAUGGGCAACAGAGAGCCCCGUCGUCCGCCUUUCUCCUUCGAUCAUUUUGAGCACAGCGAUGGCGUUUGGCGAAGGAUAAACUACUCUCACCACUUUUUUUUUUUAUCAAAUUUGAAAUUGUCUCACGCUG